GAUUGCUCGGGCCUGGCCGCCAGCCCGGGGGCCGAUGGCCGAGCGCGUCGCUCUCGCGUCCCUGCGCCGCGCCCGCCUCGCGCUCCCUGUCACGGCGUUAGUCCCCGGGCCUGGCGGUUCCCGCGUCCGGCCCGGCUCCAAGGCGGCCUGGCGCGAUGGCGCCUCAGCGGAGGGCCGCAACCAAGGCGCCCGAGGGCCACGGAGCGGCCGACCGCCGGAACCGCAGCAGCACCAAGAAGGACCGAGCCCUGCGGGAGACGCAGAGGCUGUGGCAGAGGCCGUGGCUGAGGACCGCAGGCCUGGGGGCCGGCCUUGUGCUUACCGCAUUCCUGCUCUGGAGCAGCCUGGGGGCUGACGACGGGGUCGCCGAGGUCCUGGCCCGCCGUGGCGAGGUCCUGGUGGGGAGAUUCAUCGAGGUGCCCUGCUCUGAGGACUAUGACAGUCACCGGAGGUUUGAAGGUACAGUGCCAUGGUCUCUGCGGUAGUUCAGAAAAGCAACAUGUUAAAAUGAGACUCAAUGUGCUUGAAGGAUGUCUGCUGCUGGCUGUAAAUAAGAGGUGGAAACUGGGUUGGAUGUGGUAACCUUGGGGUGGCAGAUGACCCCUCCUCUCCUGCAGGCUGGCUAGUCCAUGUGGUGACCCU